AUGGUAUUUCCAUCCUCGCCGGCUCCGGCGCAGAGGAGAGCACCAGGUAGUGAGGAGGAGAGCGGACACAAGUGUGGGAAGCCGUGGAGGAUAGAAAGCUUUGCCCCGGGUCCUUCAGCUGAGCCGCACCUCCAGGAUGAUGAGUUAUUACAUGGACACAGCCAUCGGCAGUGCAGCUCCUUAUCCUUUGGCUCGGCCUGGAAUGAUGAAACCUGGAGUGCCCGCUCCCUGUGAGGAUCCCUGGGUGUCCUGUGGCUUCCAGGGCUCCUGCUGCCAGUCCCGGCCAUGCUGCCCGCUCUGGGACGAGUCUGCCACGCAGGAGGUGCCCACGGGGCUGGAGCACUAYGGCACGGACAUGGAAUGUGCAGAUGUGCCUUUAUUAACCCCCAGCAGCAAAGAAAUGAUGUCCCAGGCGCUGAAAGCCACGUUCAGYGGCUUUGCCAAGGAGCAGCAGCGGCUGGGAAUUCCCAAAGAUCCACAGCAGUGGACGGAGACGCACGUGCGGGACUGGGUGAUGUGGGCAGUGAACGAGUUCAGCCUGAAGGAGGUGGAUUUCCAGAAGUUCUGCAUGAAUGGAGCUGCCCUCUGUGCCCUGGGCAAGGAGUGCUUCCUGGAGCUGGCGCCUGAUUUUGUGGGAGACAUCCUCUGGGAACACCUGGAGAUCCUGCAGAAAGAAGAGGUGAAACCRUACCCAGCAAAUGGAGUGAGCACCACCUACCCCGAGUCCCGCUACACCUCAGACUACUUCAUUAGUUAUGGCAUCGAGCACGCCCAGUGCGUGCCCCCCUCCGAGUUCUCCGAGCCCAGCUUUAUCACCGAGUCCUACCAGACCCUGCACCCCAUCAGCUCGGAGGAGCUGCUGUCCCUCAAGUACGAGAGCGACUACCCCUCGGUGCUGCUGCGCGAGGCGCCGCAGGACGCGCUGCAGAACGACUACUUCUCCAUCAAACAGGAGGUGGUGACCCCGGACAACAUGUGCAUGGGCCGUGCCAGCCGAGGUAAGCUUGGUGGUCAGGACUCGUUUGAGAGCAUCGAGAGCUAUGACAGCUGUGACCGCCUGACGCAGUCGUGGAGCAGCCAGUCCUCCUUCCAGAGCCUGCAGCGCGUCCCCUCCUAUGACAGCUUCGACUCUGAGGACUAYCCUGCCACCCUGCCCAGCCACAAGCCCAAGGGCACCUUCAAGGACUAUGUGCGGGACCGKGCCGACAUGAACAAGGACAAGCCUGUCAUCCCUGCUGCUGCCCUGGCCGGCUACACAGGCAGUGGACCCAUCCAACUGUGGCAAUUCCUGCUGGAACUGCUCACUGACAAGUCCUGUCAAUCYUUCAUCAGCUGGACGGGUGAUGGCUGGGAAUUCAAACUCUCCGACCCAGACGAGGUGGCCCGGCGAUGGGGCAAGAGGAAAAACAAGCCCAAGAUGAACUACGAGAAGCUGAGCCGCGGGCUGCGCUAUUACUACGACAAGAACAUCAUCCACAAGACGGCGGGGAAGCGCUACGUCUACCGCUUCGUGUGCGACCUGCAGAGCCUGCUGGGCUACACCCCCGAGGAGCUGCACGCCAUGCUCGACGUCAAACCCGACGCUGACGAGUGACAGGGACACGGGGACGCCGCUGUCCUGGGGCCGAGCCGAGGGGACUCGUUUGGUGGUUCUUUUUUAUUGAAUUUCGCUGUUCUUUUUGCUCGUUUUUUUUCUUUUCGAGGGCCACUCAGAUUCGAAGCUUUGAGGAUGUCRGGGGAGAGGGGGGAGGAAGAGGCAAACUUUUGGCAAGGAUGGGCUUUUUGUUGAUUUCCUGAAAGCUCCGAGACAGGCUUUUCUGGGGGGAAAUUCUGAGUUUUAAGAAAGCCAGAAAAAUGUAGCUCACUUAAAAAAACCAACAACUCCCUCCCCAGCCUUGGCUGUUUAGAACAAAAUGCAAUUGAAUGGAUCCCUUUGGUUGUUCACACACAAAUUGACAGGUCAGGAAUGACAACAUUCCCGAGGAUUGGAGGAAUUUAAACUUUUUUUUUUUUUUUGGAAAACCAAAAUGGGUGAAUAUUCCUGCUUUGGGGAGGGACAAUAUAGGAAAACCAAGAACUGUUGUUCUGGUUCCAUCACCUUCCUGUCCAUUCUUUUCUACAAGACAGAUCUUUUUCCUAGGAGGGAUCAAGACUUUUUAAAAUUUUUUUUUAAAGUUUUAUUUUAUUAAAUUUUGUGCCAGUAUUUUUUUUUAAAUAGUCUUAAGCUCUAAGAUGGUCUCAUUAUUGCAAUAUUGUGUGUGUUUGUUUCUGUUCUGCCAGCAGAGAGUUUUAUCCCAGGGAGGAAAAAGAGGAAUUAGUUUAUAUAGAUCCCACUGGAGAAUUGGAAAGCUGGGACUGGGAUGGGAAGGAAAAUGAACUCCGAAGUGGCUCCUGGUGGUGCUGCCUGGGGGUUCCCCUCUCAUUUCCAGCCACACAYGCUGUGCUGAUAAUGCUGGUUGAAAUUCCUGUGCUUUUUUUUAUGUCUGGCUGCACAAAACCUCUCAAAAUUUCCAUGGAGGAUGUCUUUUUGUGUUUUCCAAAUCGCCUCUUUUGCUCAAGGAACACUUUGGUGCUUACAGAAAUUUUUUUUUGGGGGAGGGGAAAGGGAGAGAUAUUCCUGUGUUUUCAACGUGGUAAAUGGAAAAUAUGCGAGUUAAUUGGGAAAAAUCAGGAAAAAGUCCAAAAACCAAAGGGAAAUGUUUUUUCCUUCCUGUUUUGAGCCACUCUGUCUUUAUGGCCRUGUGUGGGCACAGCAGAAAGGAAAUUGUCCCUGCAAAUGGGUUCUUUAUGGCUCUGGGGAGCUGCUCCCACCAAUGCUGUUGGGUGUGAGUGACACGAAGCACGCGGUGUCACCGGGGUGGGGAUGGCUGUGGGACCAGUCCGGGGGAGCUGCUCCCUCUGCUCUCCCAACCUUUCCUGCAGCUGUUUUUUCACUCGGGAGGGGUCACUCCUGCUGCCCUCAGCGCUUCCCGGGAUGCUCUGGACAGGGUGAGGGUGAUGUCCCACUGUGCUCAGGGUGCCCUUGGUGGGAAUUGGAGGGUCAGGGCUGUGUUCCCAUAUCCAGAUACAAUCCCAAAGCCAGAUCCCGGUGGAUUUGGCUGCCCCAGGGACACUCUCCCCCCGGGCGUUGACAUUCAAAGGCAGGGUUUUGUACUUCACGAGAAUCACUCCUCUGUGUGCCCUUUGUCUGUCUUUAGGGCRCAGAGUUCAUUCCAGAGGCACUGUGGGACAGCACUGGGGUUCAGGGGGGUAGAGCCUUUCCAGAGGUGGUUCCUGCCAGAUCCCAAUGGAUCAGGCCAGCAGGACAGGGAUCUGCCUGACAGCAGGAAUAUUCAGGCACAACCCCACCCUUGCACGGGGGYAGAGCUGGAGGGGAUCCCAAUCCCAAUCCCCAUUCCCAAAGGGAUGCCCAGAGGUGCUGGACUCUCCCUCCGGAACUGGGAGGACCCAUCACCUCUGUAUCCUGAAACUGGUCAUUUGAGGGACAGCCAGCCCCAGAAUUGCUGUGUUCUUAUAAAAAUGGUGCUGGAGCAGGGAUGGGAAGGCCAGGAGGGAGCUCCCACUAGGGGGGUCCAGGAAAGGAGGUGGUUGAUGCUCAGUGGGGCUGAGGAUUGUCUGAGGAAAAGAAUGGGAUGGAGGGAAAGGAGGGAAGAGAGGGUGAAGGGAAGGUGAAGGGAGCCCCAAAGGAGGAAAGGGAUGCUGCCCACUGAGAAGUGAAACUCGGGCUCAUCUCCUUGGGCAGACAGGAGGAGGAGGAGGAGGAUGGAGGCAGCCUGGCCCAGCUGGAGGGAGGAAAGGAAAAUUGGGAUCUCAUGGGUGGCAUGGGCAGAUCCAGCUGGGCUGGGACUUGAGAGAGGUGGGAGGGCACUGAGGGCAUGGGGGAGGAGCUGCAAAAGGACAUCCCAGCAGGAAGGGUUGGAUUUCCAGCAGUCCCAGAGCUUUGGGGGAUGUUCAGGGGUCCUGCGAAGGGCUACCAUGGGUCACUCAAUUCCCCUUCCACCYUUGGAAAGGACUCCCAGCCAUCCCAACUCCUGCCCCUGGCACGGGCCAUGUCCCAGGACACCCCUCCUGCUCUGCUCGGAUGCUCCACUGCCUCUGAAAAUGAAACAGAAUGGGAUAAACCUUCCCUCCAACAGAAGGAAUUGCAGGUUUGGGUACAGCCCAUCCCCUGCCRGGCUGAAUCCCUCCCCACUGUGCUUAUUCCAGGUUUCCAAGCCAAGCUUGUGUAUUCCAAGUGAUUUUAGGGAGAUGGUUAAAGGUUGGGGAGGGUUAGCCUUAGGAAGCAGCCCUGAAUUUUUGGAAGUAGCCCCUGGGGGAAGUUUCUCCAUCUUUUCUCCGGCCCUUUUCCUUCCCAGCUCGCUGCCUGUGAACCCUCCCAGAAACACCAGCUCCAUCAUCCCCUAUUUUCCUUUGCUUUUAUUCCCAUUCUAGAGGCCAUCCCAGAGAUGGGUGCUGUUUAUACACUGGAAAUGUGCAGAUUCYUCUUUGUUUCUUUUGCUUCUGUUUCUCUGUCCUUCUCUCGUGGCCUUUGGCGAGGGCUGUGCUGAGCCAGACACACUCAACCCAAACCUUCUGAGCUCCUUCAAGACCCUGAAAAUGUGCUUAAUUCCCACCUGCUCAACCCAAACCUUCUGAGCUCCUUCAAGACCCUGAAAAUGUGCUUAAUUCCCACCUGCUGGCCCAGAAGGAUGGAUUUGAGAGGGAUGACCGAGAUCUGUCAGGGAUGGGGCUCCUUCCCCCACACUGGGGCAAAUCUUACUGUUGGAAAUGGGGUCAUUUUGUCUUGGCUUGUAAUGUCUCAGGUGCUUUGGGUGAUUUUUUUGGGUUAUUUUCUUUGUCUUGCUCAUUUUCUGCUGUUCUCCCCGUAGGCCAGUGUCCCCUUGGCCCUUCUGGCACAGCCUGAGCCCUACCUGUAAACAGCUUUGGGGACCUCAAGAGCUGAUAUUUGGGAUCUCAGAAAUAAAGGAAAAAACACCAGUAAUUAUAAAAACCACCCCACUAAGGAUAAAACCCCAUCCCAAUAAUGAUAAAAACCACCCCAAUGAUGAAAACCACCCCAAUAACAGUAAAAACCACAAGCACUUUUCUGCUGCCUGUCUCUCUCCAUCUCCAUGUGUGGGAUCAUCCUAACCAUUGGACUCUGGAGUGUGUGGAAGUGGAGAUCCAUGUUAUUCCCACCAUCCUGAUCCAGACGGGAYCGUUCAGGUGGAGAAAUAACCAAACAGGGCAAAAAAUUAAGGAUCAUGUAAAAUUUCACCUUUUCCCAAACCAACACCUCCUCCAAACAAUGGUCCCAGAAAGCACCAGUAACUCCAGAUGUUGCAGGAAACAUCUCCACCUYCUGAGUUUUGCUUUUUUGGAGGGGUUUUCUCUGAGAUUUUAGGAUUUAAUUGCUGAUUCCUCGUGAACAUUGGAAAACUGGGAUGCCUUGGCGUGCUCUGCUCCCUGGUAGGGUCUAUGUAACACCCAGGAGCUGUUGUCUACAUUCCAAAGAGGUUUAAAUAAAGGAAAAAUCUAUGUAUACAUAUAUGUUAUAAUGGAAUAUCUCCAGGAAUUCACUGCCUCAGUUAAAAAAAAAAAAAAAAAAGAAAGAAAAAAAAGUAAGUUUUUUUUUUGUUUUAUUUUGGUUUUACACAUUUUUUUAAGCUGAUAAACUUAGAAGAAGUGAAAAAAAAAGAGAUUGUUAUAUUGUGCUGUUCGACUAUUUUCCAACGUGUAUUUUCAUAUAAUUUAUAUUUUUUAAAAGUGGGAAAAAAAAGUUUAAAAGUGAGAUUAAAAAAAAAAAACAAGGAAAAAGCAGGUGCUUUUUUAAAAAAACCUGAGCUGAGGUAGCUUAGAGAUGUAGCGAUGUGUGUGUGUGUCCGUGUGUUGUGUCUGGUUCCGUUUGGUUUUUUUAAAG